UAUAAAACACACACAGAGACAGUGAGGGAGAAGUUUCAGUCUUUCUAAUCACAUUUACAACGUCGUACUUUGUGUUUUGAGUCAACUGUGGUAAAAUGUCUGAGGAACAUCUAGUUUCAACUCCAAAUGAACAAAGCCCCAGGACUUUGGGACCUCCAAGAGGAACCUCCAACAAGAAGGCUUUAUUGGUGUCAGGGCUGACGGUGCUGGGCAUUGUGCUGGUCGCAGGUCAGGCCUUCACUGCCUACACCGUGUACAAGCACAGUGAGAAGCUUACCAUGCUGCAGACUCGCUCGGAGCGUCUACAGGAGAUAAGUCACAGAGUUAUGGUAAAUCGCACUCCAAUGAGGAUGGCAAAGCCCAUGAACUCCUUUCCUCUGCUGAUCUCAGACACCGCCGAUGAGAAGAAGGAAAAAUCCACUCCUCCCCCUGAGAAAGUGCCCAUGACUAAGUGCCAGCAGGAGGCUGCAGGUUUGGUGCAGACUUCCCUGGCCUCUUUCCGCCCCCAGUGUGAUGAGCAGGGUGCCUACAUGCCUGAACAGUGCUGGCAGGAGGCUGCUGUGUGCUGGUGUGUGGACAAGAAUGGAACCCAACAGCCUGACUCUGUGGCACAGGGCCAUGCUCAGUGCAGCACUGAUGUUGCUAUGGAUAAGUAAGAAAGAAGUUUGCGGCUGGAAGAAUUCCUUAAUUUUGCUUUUUUUAAUCUGCCAGGCUUUAAAGUAGUUUAAUUCAUAUAUAGAUAUAGAUAUGCUAAGCAGACAUAAUGUGCAACAUGCAUUUAUUUAGCAACUUAUACAUGGCUUAAACAUGACACUUUCUAUGCUAUAAUAUGUACUGCACUGUUCUGGUUUGGGGAUGUUACUACAAAUAACUUUUGUUUCUUAAAAUCAAAGUAUUUUCAUUUAAUAGACUUACUAACCUGGAUGUUCUGGUUUUAGUGUGUGGUAACAAUCAAUUGUGAAAACUAUAUGUAACCUAGAAAAUGAAAGUUGAAAUAAAAGUACCAUUUAAUUACAAGA